AUGGCGCAUGGUGAUGGUAUGGAGAAAGUUUCUUGUUCCAUCUGUCUGGAUCUACUGAAGGACCCAGUAACAAUUCCCUGUGGGCACAGCUACUGUAUGAACUGUAUUACAGAUGUCUGGGAUGGAAAAGAUCAGAAGGGAGUUAACAGCUGCCCUCAAUGCAGGAAAGAGUUCAUCCCAAGGCCUGAUCUGGAAAAGAAUUUCAUAUUGGCAGAGUUGGUAGAAGACCUGAAGAAGACUGAACCCAAAGCUGCUCCAGCUUAUCCCUGGUCUGCUGAACCUGAAGAGGUGACCUGUGAUGUCUGCACUGGGAGGAAGAUGAAAGCUGUCAAGUCCUGUUUAUCCUGUCCAGCUUCUUAUUGUCAGGAUCACCUCCAACCUCACUAUGAUGUUCCUGGACUGAAGAAACACAAGCUGGUGAAUCCCUCCAAGAACCUCCAGGAGAACAUCUGCUCUCGUCAUGAUGAGGUGAUGAAGAUCUUCUGUCGUACUGAUCAGCAGUGUAUCUGUUAUCUCUGCACUAUGGAUGAACAUAAAGGCCAUGAAACAGUCCCAGCUGCAGCAGAAAGAGCUGAGAAGCAGAAGAAGCUCCAGGAGAGUCGACAACAAAUCCAUCAGAGAAUCCAGAACCGAGAGAAAGAUGUGAAGCUGCUUCAACAGGAGGUGGAGGCCAUCAAUGUCUCUGCUGAUAAAGCAGUGGAGGACAGUGAGGAGAUCUUCACUGAGCUGAUCCGUCUCCUCCAGGAAAGAAGCUCUGAGGUGAAGCAGCAGAUCAGAUCCCAGCAGAAAACUGAAGUGAGUAAAGUCAAAGAUGUUCAGGAGAAGCUGGAGCAGGAGAUCACUGAGCUGAAGAGGAAAGACGCUGAGCUGGAGCAGCUCUCAAUCACAGAGGAUCACAACCAGUUUCUCCUCAACUACCCCUCACUGUCAGCACUCAGUGAGUCGACACACUCAUCCAGCAUCAACAUCCGUCCUCUGAGAUACUUUGAGGACGUGACAGCAGCUGUGUCAGAGCUCAGGGACAUAAUACAGGAUUUCAUGAAAGACACAUGGACAAACAUCUCACUGAGAGUCACUGAAGUAGAUGUUCUACUGUCAGAACCAAAGACCAGAGACGAAUUCUUAAAAUAUUCACAAGACAUCAAUCUGGAUCCAAGUACAGCAAGUAGAAAUCUGUUGUUGUCUGAGAAAAACAGGAAAGUCACCAAAAUAGAACAACAACAGUCUUAUCCUGAUCAUCCAGACAGAUUCACUGGUUUUUGUUUUCAGGUUUUGAGUAGAGAGAGUCUGACUGGACGUUGUUACUGGGAGGUGGAGUGGGGCGGAGGAGAAGUCUAUGUAGCAGUUUCGUACAAGAAUAUCAACAGAUCCGAAGGAUUUGGAUUAAAUGACAAAUCUUGGUCAUUAUGUUGCACCACAACCAGUUGUACAUUUUAUCACAACAGAGUUGAAAUUCCAGUGAUAGGUGAAGUUUCCUCCAGAAUAGGAGUGUUCCUGGACCACAGAGCAGGUAUUCUGUCUUUCUACAGCGUCUCUGAAACCAUGACUCUCCUCCACAGAGUCCAGACCAGAUUCACUCAGCCGCUACAUGCUGGGAUUAGACCUGUCUGGUAUGGAGCCUCUGCUGAGUUCAUUAAACCUAAAUAG